UCUCCACUAACCAAAUAGUGCUUUUUGUGAGAUAAAAGAGAGAGAAACAGUGGAAAUAGUGGUAGCAUACUCCGCCAUACUUUGUCUAUAAAUUAGGCAUGCGUGUUUGAAGAUAUGGCAUAGAUGAGAAAUCAGAGAGGUGAAAUGGAGAAUUCUUAUGACAGCAUCGGUAGUAAAUCAAAGGAUGUUUCGCUUAAAGACCUUAGCAUCAGGCUUGCAGAGUUUGCACAAGUUAGAGGAUGGGAUGAAUAUCAUAGUCCAAGGAAUCUCUUAUUAGCACUAGUGGGAGAAGUUGGAGAGCUGUCAGAGAUAUUCCAAUGGAAAGGGGAAGUUGGGAAAGGACUGCCUAACUGGAGUGCUGAUGAGAAAGAACACUUGGAAGAUGAGCUCUCCGAUGUUUUGCUUUAUCUUGUUCGUUUAGCUGAUGUUUGUGGGCUUGAUCUUGGCCAAGCCGCUUUAACUAAGAUAAUCAAGAAUGCUCGCAAAUACCCAGUUGUUGUGAUGAAUCAAAAAUCAAAAUCUACUUACAACUAAGGAUCAACCCUCCUCUUCCUGGUUUUUGCUGUAAUAUUGGAGUUCUCUUUUUUAUGAAGCUUGCAAACUUUUUGGAUCAGGUUUUAUUCCAGUUCUUGUAAUUGCCGAAAAUGGAUAUAUUUUCUUAUAUUUGAAGAGUUUACCUUUA